AUGAUGAGGUCGAGGCCAUUGAGGUGGCGUUCUAUCGUCAUGAAGACUGCAUUCUUCGUGACCAUGAUUGUUGUGCUGAGGGUGACCGUCACAGCAAAUACCAUCCCUUCUUCCCUCUCGUUACGCCUAAAGUCAUCGGUCGUCAAAUCCUACCCCAAGGCCCCAAAAGACAUCGAAUUACGUCCGGGAGCCAUAAGCAUUAUGAUUGUCGGAGAUUCCAUUUCACAAGGAGGAGAAGGAGACUGGACCUGGAGAUACCGACUGUGGGAAUGGUUCAAGAGUCAGGAUGUCACCGUGGACUUUGUUGGGCCUUUCAUGGGUACUCGUCCCCAGGCGGUACCAUCUACAAUUGGGGACAAGAUUAUACCAGAACCACUGGGUCUACCGCCAACUGGGGGCGCAAUCACGACCGCUGGCUACGCUAUUGAUAUUGAUCCCGAAUUCGCACUCAACCCCCGACAUUUCACAGCUGUAGGACGCGCUCUAUGGGAGGAUGUCGACUUUAUCUCUGCCAUGGUGGAGAGGUACAAUCCAGAAUACCUUCUAGUACUUCUAGGCUUCAACGACAUGCUCUGGGGUAUAACUGGUGAUGGAAGUGGCGUGUUGGCAAAUAUGGAGAGAUUCGUGGCUCUGGCUCGUGCUGCAAAGCCAAACAUCAAAUUUGCAAUCGGCAAUGUCCCACAUCGGGCACCACAGAAUGGUGACCUCGAAGUGAGGACUGAUGCGUACAACAAGUUGCUUGCGGGAGCGAUUCCCCAAUGGAGUACGGAGAUAUCGCCUAUUGAGUUGGUGCAUAUGCUGGAAAGCUACAGUUGUGAGCCGGAUGGAUGCCCAGCUGGCUAUGAUGGUCUUCAUCCCAAUACUCUGGGCGAUUACCAGAUUGCUCACGCUUUCUCUCGCGCUUUGAUCAAAGGAUACAAGCUGGGGAACACUGAACUUGCUGUCCCCGACUCCCGGGAUCUUCCGGUACGACCAAUUUCUAUCCCGACAAACUUUAGAGCUGUUGCCGACGCACACGGAGCCAACGUUACGUGGGACAAGGUGUACGGUGCGAGGGGAUAUGAUGUCCAAUCGAGGGUUCUAGGAGAGCACACUUGGAUUCUUUGGCCGAACCAGCAAGUGAAUUGGUUUCACGCUGCGUGGCCGGAGGAGAAAGUCAUUGAAAUCGAGUUUAAGGUACGAAUGAAUAACGGGCAUUCAGAGAAAGAGGGAGAAUGGAGCCGUGUAAUUGGGACUUGCCGGCCUUGGAGCUCCUUGACAAGUGAGGAGAAAUGGGACUGGAGGUGGUGGUAUAGAAGGCUCUCCCGCUGCUCCUCGAGGUGA